AGCGCGAGCCCCGGCGAGGUCGGCGUGGUUCCGCUGGCACUCCGGCCCCCAGCCGCCGCUGCGAUCCCCAGCCCGCCGCCCGGCCGAAGCGGGGAAAGGGGCGGUGGGGGCGGGGCGGCGUCCGGCUCUGGGAGAGCUGGGGGAGGAGCGCGGCGGCGACGGCGGCCGCUCUAGAAGAGGAGGAGAAGGAGGCGGAGGAGCUCCUUUCCUCUUAGACCCUGGAGCGCCCGGGACGCAGAGCCCGGAACUGGGGGGACGCGGCGACUGCGGGGGCCCUGGAAUCUCCCUGGAGAAAGAGACAUGAAUGUCUGCAAUGAUAUUUCCUGACAAGAAGUUGAUACAAGAGAAGGAAAGGAGAUCAACAGCUAGUGAGCAGAAUUUCAGAUAACCACGAUUUGGUAUUUAUCACCUCCAACAACAGACUUCCGUUGCCUACUUUUAAAUCAGAGAUAACUACGGUCAGAACUCAGACAAGGCAAAAGGAUACUUUUCAUCUAUAUUUUUUGAGAUCAAAGAAACCACAAUGUCUAGGAAACAAAACCAGAAGGCUAUUCCCAAGUAUGGUGCAUGGAUCAGCAAUGUCAAUACCACUGGAGAGUACAAAUCUCCGGCCACAAGCCAAACUACUGAAUCAGAACCUGCAUUUUAACCUGAGAUUGCCCAGAUGACAAGUAUCCACAUCAGAAUUUGAGAAGUACUCUAACCAUUUCCUGCCAUUGCAUCUCAUUAGAUUAAAACAAAGUUGUCAACUGUUAAAGCUGAGAUACAUCAGGAUUCAUUUUUGAUUUGCAGUCCAAUACUGUAUUGGCCCAGGGAGGAGCUUUUGAGAACAUGAAAGAGAAGAUAAAUGCGGUGCGUGCAAUAGUUCCCAAUAAGAGCAAUAAUGAAAUCAUCCUGGUUUUACAGCACUUUGAUAAUUGUGUGGACAAAACAGUACAAGCUUUCAUGGAAGGUAGUGCCAGUGAAGUACUCAAAGAAUGGACAGUAACAGGCAAGAAAAAGAACAAAAAGAAGAAAAGCAAACCCAAGCCUGCAGCAGAACCAAGUAACAGUAUUCCAGAUUCCAGUAAAUUAGUAUCCAUUCAAGAGGAACAGUCUGUACCUUCUUCAGAGAAAGGUGGUAUUAAUGGUUACCAUGUCAACGGUGCCAUCAAUGAUACCGAGUCUGUGGACUCUCUCAGUGAGGGUAUGGAGAUACUUUCAAUAGAUGCCAGAGAAUUGGAAGAGCCUGAGUCUGCCACACCACAUAUGCUGGAUAGAACAGGGUCCAUGCUGGAGAAUGGCAUCUCUGAUUUUGAGCCCAAGUCUUUGACUAUGCAGUCUACUCAGAAUUCUCAACAAAAUAGGAAUGCUGCCAAAACUCUUUCAAGACCUACCACAGCACCUCAGUUUUCAAAUCUGGGGAUGGAAGAUGUUCCACUCUCCUCCACCAACAAAAAGCUAGGUUCCAAUAUUGAAAAAUCUGUGAAAGACCUCCAGCGCUGCACAGUGUCUCUUGCACGGUAUCGAGUUGUAGUUAAAGAAGAGAUGGAUGCUUCCAUUAAGAAAAUGAAACAAGCUUUUGCUGAGUUGCAGAGCUGUUUAAUGGAUCGAGAAGUGGCAUUGCUUGCUGAAAUGGACAAAGUGAAAGCUGAAGCAAUGGAAAUUUUGCUCAGCCGACAAAAGAAAGCCGAACUUCUAAAGAAGAUGACUGAUGUGGCUGUUCGAAUGUCAGAGGAGCAGUUGGUUGAGCUCAGAGCUGAUAUCAAGCACUUUGUCAGUGAGCGUAAAUAUGAUGAGGAUCUGGGACGAGUAGCCCGGUUCACCUGUGACGUCGAGACCCUAAAGAAGGACAUUGAGUCAUUUGGACAAGUGUCCCAUCCAAAGAACAGCUAUUCAACCAGAUCCCGACACAGCUCAGUUACAUCUGUGUCCUUGAGUAGCCUGUGUGAUGCCUCUGCUGCUUCCUCGUCCUCCUGGGCCUCUGCCCCCAGCCUUACAGGCGCUAACAAGAAGAACUCGGCACCAGGAGAGACUCCCACAGCCACGGCAAACUCCAGUGGCCGGCCCUUCCAGCCUCAUCGGGAGGUAUUGCCGGGGAACAGACGAGGAGCACAAGGCUACAGGCCACAAGGCCAAAAGUCCAAUGACCCCAUGAACCAAGGGCGACAUGACAGUAUGGGUCGUUACAGAAAUAGUUCAUGGUAUUCAUCUGGUUCCAGGUAUCAGAGCGCUCCAUCCCAGGCAUCAGGAAACAUUAGUGAACGGGGCCAGGCCCACUCUGCAGGGACCAAUGGAACUGGAGCCAGCAUGGAGACCAGCCCACCCAAGCCCUCAUUCAAAAAGGGGCUCCCCCAGCGCAAACCUAGGACCUCUCAGCUUGGGGCUGUGAACUCUUGAGGUUCCAGCUGGCCUCUCUCCUCUAUCCCACACAAUUCAACUUGGUAACUGGACUUAUUAGGAAACUUAUAGUUAGAUGUAAUAACAAAAAGAAGUUUACACAUAUCACUUUUUAUGCCAUUCUAAAUAUUUUUGGUUUCUUCUCUCCUCGUUUCCUCUUUACCAUUUUUGGAGGGGAAGCUGUUUUUUCCCUUGACCUUUCCCAAUGAUAUGGAUUGAUUCUAAUUGGUCAUUUCCACCCGGAAUCACAGGCCACUGAUACCAGGUUUCCCAAGGGUCAGCGGUGCCCUUCCUGGUGCACAGGGCCUUUCAGUUGCCGGAAGAGGCCUUCCUCAGCACCUCCCUGCCGUUCAGGCUCUCAGGAGGAGGAGGUGGGUCAGAGCUAGUCCAGCUGCCUCUCCAGGCUAAGCAGAAGCCACACGUUCCUGUCAGGUGCCCUCUACACAGCAGUGUGACCAGGAAAGGCAGUGAGGGGAUUGUGUCCUGCACUGAAUUAGCCAGAGAAGGGGACAUUUAAUUGGUGAAAAGGAAGGAACACUAGAAAAUGUUUGAGAAUCUGCCUCCGCUCCCAGAACGUACCUGAGAUUGACCCUCAGAUCAGGGUUCCAGUCUCUGGCUUGGCCCUGUAGCUUCACCCGCCGUCUCUUCAGAAUGCCCAAAGCCUUGUUUUCCUAUCGCCUUAGACUGCAGACCAGUCUAGGGAAAUCGGUGGGAGAGUAGCAUUUAAUUAAAGGAAAAAACAAGUAUUUCUUGGUUUCAGUGUUUGAAGAUUUUUGUUGUUAUUGUUCUCCCUUGUUCCUGAAUCCUCUUCUGAUCCUCAACCACAUUUAUAGCAAUAUAAUUAGUGUUGAUCUAAGGUGUUACCCAUCAGAAAAUUGCCGCGGUCUUUAUAGUUGAAUAAAUAAAAUCAACUGCGUAAAUGUU